AUGGUCACGGUCGAGUGCCGUCCCAAGAGCGCCGAGAUGACGAUGCUUCACGCCAACGACGCGACCAAGUCAAUGGCGCAACUGCUGCACGAAGGCAACGAGCGAGCCGUCCUCGACCGCCUCGAGCAGCCCACGCUGUCGAUCGACGAGCUCACCAAAGUGUUCAAGAGCAAUGACGCCCUAUGCACUGCCGUUUGCAUUGGAUAUACGGACGUCAUCCAGCGACUUUUGGCGAGGCCAGACGUCGCAUCGCUUCCAGACUACGUUCUCCAGCCGCUUGUGCUGGCAACGAAGCGCGAUCGCGCCGACAUCCUCGCACUCUUUGCCGCGCGCAACGUAGCGUGGAUCACAACCUUUGGUGGCACCACAUUUGCGCGAAAAUAUUGCGGCGGGCUCUCGCUGCUGCACUACGCGGCAAGCAACCAUGCCCACAACGUGCUUGUCUGGCUCUUGGACCACGGCGUGCCAGCCACAUCGCGCAGCGACUUUGGGGACACGCCUCUCCACGAAGCCAGUCGCGAGCGCAACGAGCGAGCGCUGACGCUGCUCCUUCGCGCUGGCGCCGACAUCAACGCCACCAACGAUGAUGGCUGCACGGCGCUGCAUGUCAUCAUGACCUUUCCAAAACGAACGUCGCUCACGAGCACACUGGCGUUUCUGCGCCGCCUUUGCAUCUACCAGGUGGACAUCGAAGCCCGAAAUCUGGAAGGAUGCACGGCAAUGGACCUCGCCAAAGAUGACGAUUUCCGGCUCCUUUUCUCCAAGGAAAGUGCGUUUCGAUCCCAGUACCCAGUGCACUACAUGGCCCGCUCCAAUGACGUGGCAGCCAUAAACGCCUGGCUCGCCGACAACAUUGCGAGUGCGAUUGCAACGGCCAUGAUCACCACCGACAACGACGGGCGCACCGUCUUGAUGCGCGCGGUGGAAGCCCUCGACCUUAUGCGCACCGACGGUCAAGUGCUCACCGAGCUGUUGCCUCACUUGAGCAGUAGCGAUUUCACGCGGCGAGACCAGACGGGGCGCAGUGCCCUCGAGUACCUCUUAGAGAAGGACAUUAUUUGCAAAACCAACCGCGACGGCGCGUCCAACGUCGCCUUGAUCCAAGCACUGGACGCCUUGUCGUGCCAGUCGACGUUGCCGUUGCAGUUUGCCCUUCGAGUUAAAGAAGCCCCACACGGGGGCAAGCCGCCCCAGAUUUGCUGCGGUGCGUGUUCCGACAACGGACGGUCCAGUACGGUGCCCUUUGCUACGUUGGCGUCGACAUCCAAGUGGGACGAGCUCGAGAGCUCUCUGCGGACCGCAACCGACUUUGAAGAGAUCAACGGAGGUACCGUGCUGCACUACGUGUGCAGCAAAGGCAAUAUGAGCGUACUGCAAGCGCUCUUGCAGCAAACCAAGCUGCAGCUCGAUGUGCGCACGCGGGAUAAAUCCAAUGCGCCGGCCAUCACUGUGGCUGUCAACCGCAACUUUGAAGACGGCGUGCGCCUCCUCCUGCGCGCUGGCGCACACCACGGCAUCCACGAGCCCUACUCCGCGGCGCGCGCCCACGAGCUGUAUAGCCAAGCGAGCGCAAGCAAGCGGCUCGUGUGCGACAAUUGGGCCCUGCAGCAUCGCUACCCCGCCUACCACCUCGUCCGGCUCCUCAACAUUGCCGAAGCCGACAGCUGCAUCCAGACCAAGGAAUCCGCGCUGCAUCUCGCUGUACGCCAGGCGCUACCGAUUGGCGUGCUGGACCAGCUCUUGGCGCGUGACGACGUCGACGUCGACGCACCCAACGCGGAUGGCGAGACUGCGCUGCUUGUCGCCAGCAAGCUCGGGCGCAUGGAGCAUGCCACGUGCCUGCUUGCCAACGGCGCAGACGUCUGCGCGUGCGAUACGAUUGGCUGGUCGUCGCUGCAGCACGCAGCGAGCCAGCACAACUUGGGCAUGAUGGAGCAAUUGCUGGCACAUAUCGACGACCUACCGCUGCGAAAGGAAUUUUUCUGGGGCAACGAACAUGUCUUUGGCGACGACGUCGCAGCGCUCUACGUACGGGAGGAGACCAUGCGCCGGGACUCGAAAAGCCAUCAGCUCCGACGUGCGACGUGCAUGGCGACCCUCCGCGUCGACGACGCCUUUGAGACGAGCCAUUUUCUCAAAGCCCUGACGUGCAGCACCACCCUUGUCCAAAUGUUCCUGCACGACUGUGUAUCCAUGGGCCGCGACGACGCGACGUUCUCGCAUUUGGACAUUGUUUAUGGAAAAUGCGCCCACAAAAGUGCCUUGUACGCGAUCCUGCACUUGAAGCUCGGGGACGCCGACAUGACGUUUGGAGCCCAGCAAGCGUGCCUCGAACACGCCGUGUUUCGCCGACUCCUUGAGAUCAAGUGGGAACUCUUCGGGCGGCGCAUGUAUGUCGAACGCCUCCUUCUGCACCUCUUGCUCUUGGUGACCAUGACGAUCUCGUCCAUUCUCUUUGAUGACGCGCUGCCGUCGACGACGACAUAUAGUAUCGGGCUCACGACCACGCUUUUGGUCGGCUUUGGUGUUGCCGCUGCGCAGUGUCUGCGCCCGCGCGUCGUUUCGUCCGCCUUUCGACCGCGCGACCUCGUCGUGCUCACGGGACUAUCGACGCUGGCGCUGGCCGUGCCGUUGCUGUACCAUGCCAACGCGCUUCGCCUUCCCGUGUGGUAUGCCACGCUCAACCACGCGGUCCUCGGUGCCACCGUGGCGUACUUUGUCUGGAACGAAAUCUACGAGAUGCGCGGCAACCGGGCCGGGUACUGGGGCUCGAGUCUCAACGUGGUGCAGCUGUUCAACUAUACCGCGAUCCUAAGCGUGUUUCUGCCACUCAAACUGGGUUGGCUAUCGUCGCCCAACCAAGUCCAAGCAGGUAUUGGUGCGCUUCUGACGUCGGUGCUCUGGGUCUUGUCGUUCCAGUUUUUGGAGGUCGUCUCGUCCGCGAGCUAUCUCUUGCCGAUGAUGACGCACCUCUUUGGAGACAUAGCGAAUUUCUUCGUCUUCUUCGGUGUGUUUCAGUGCGGCUUGACGCUAAUUUUCUACCAGCUCUUCGUGCUCACGUCGGACCCUGCGUUUAGCUCGCUCGGGCAGUCGUUCUCGACCGCGUUCUUCGUCUUGUUUGGCCAAGUCCCGCUCGCCUCCCUCCAAGCGUUUGACGACCCGUCGGAUCCAUUUGCGCCCGUCAUGUACACAGGCACGUCGAUCCUCAUGAUGGCGCACUCGGUCAUUCUCGGUCUCGUGCUCUCCAACGUGCUCAUUGCCAUGUUCAGCCACACGCUGGAGAAAUGCCUUGCGAAUGCGAAAGCUCAGGCGCUCAUCACGUAUGCGUGGUGCAUUCUUCGACUCGAGAUGACCAUGAACCUUUCGGAAGCCGACGUUCUGCGCCUCACGCACCAUGACGUCGACGGCAAGCUGCAACUGCGCCCGAUCUUUUCCCAAUGCGUGCCCAAGUCGAAGCUCGGGCUCUCGGCCGACCAAGCGGAGGCGUUGGCGCAGCACACCACGGAGCGCGCAGCGUGGCAUGCGCUCAUGCGCAAGCUCGAGACGGCCGUGGAUGCCCAGAUCCAGUUUGUCCGAGACGCGCUGCUGCACGUGGCGCACUUCACGGACAUGAACGUGCCCGUAGCGUUUGCGAGCGAGCUCCACGUUCUGGAUGCGAUGCAUGCGUCGUUGCAGACACUCGUCGCCACCGCGCGCCGCAGCCGGUCUCCGUUUCGAGAGAAGAUCCUCCCGACGCUCCAACGCAAAGCGUCUAAGGUGCUUCGACGGCGCGCGGCCGACAUCAACGCUAUGUGGCGGCGCACCGACGACCCGACGCAGAUGAACGACCACGACCAGUGCAUGCUUCUUUUCCAGCUCAACCAGCACACGACGAUCGAGGCACCCCUUACAGUCAUGGUGCACACCAUCCUGGCCGCGAUCGACAGCGCCUUCCAGAUCGAGAGAGUCACCGAGGACCCAGCGACGUGCCACGCCAAGAGGAUGACCGCGAUGGCAACGCAGUUGGCGACUGUGGAAAAGCAAAACAGCGCGUUGUCGACAGAGCUCCAAGCGAUGGCCGCACAGCAAACCGAAAUGCUCUCGCUGCUCACGAAAAUGAGCCAAGGUGCGACACCGUGGGCGGUGCAACCAAGCAACAGCUAGAACCAUGGAGCGACCAACAUGACAUUUCUUCGCACUCCGUCGGGG